CCUCAUUUCGCGGUAACCGGCAUUUCAGCACCACUGCCGGCCUGCCAUCUGAAGUAGAGGCCGCUUUGUAUUUACAGCUUUCUUUUUUACUUGCACCUUUUUGUUAACAGUAUGCCUGGAUAUUCAGACAGAGAUCGCGGCAGAGAUAGAGACAGAGGCUAUGGCGGUGGGCCUCCCCGGUUCGGUGGGAGCCGGAGUGGUGGCGGUGGAGGAGGAAAGUUCGGGAAUCCAGGGGAGCGAUUAAGGAAGAAACACUGGAACCUGGAUGAGCUUCCAAAGUUUGAGAAAAACUUUUAUCAGCAGCAUCCUGAUGUCGCCCGUAGAACACUGCAAGAAGCGGAGCAAUACAGAAGGUCCAAAACGAUAACGGUGAAAGGGAGGGACUGCCCCAACCCUAUAACUCAGUUCCAUGAGGCUAGCUUUCCCUCUUAUGUGAUGGAGGUCAUCAACAAACAGAACUGGACUGAACCAACGCCUAUCCAGGCUCAGGGAUGGCCUUUGGCUCUCAGUGGCAUGGACAUGGUCGGCAUUGCUCAGACUGGCUCUGGAAAGACACUUUCUUAUCUUCUGCCUGCGAUUGUCCACAUCAAUCAUCAGCCUUUCUUGGAACGUGGGGAUGGUCCAAUUUGCUUGGUGUUGGCCCCCACUCGUGAGCUGGCACAGCAAGUACAGCAGGUGGCGGCUGAAUACGGCAGAGCUUCUCGUCUGAAAUCCACCUGCAUCUACGGAGGUGCUCCGAAAGGGCCUCAGCUCCGCGAUUUGGAGAGGGGUGUAGAAAUUUGCAUUGCCACUCCAGGGAGGCUCAUUGACUUCCUUGAGGCAGGAAAGACAAACCUUCGCCGAUGCACUUACUUGGUGCUGGAUGAGGCAGACAGAAUGCUGGAUAUGGGAUUUGAGCCUCAGAUCAGGAAAAUUGUUGACCAAAUCAGGCCCGACAGACAGACUCUCAUGUGGAGUGCCACUUGGCCUAAAGAGGUUCGCCAACUGGCAGAAGACUUCCUGAAGGAAUAUGUUCAAAUCAACAUCGGUGCACUACAGCUUAGUGCUAAUCAUAACAUCCUUCAGAUUGUGGAUGUUUGCAAUGAUGGAGAGAAAGAAAACAAGCUGAUCCGUCUGCUCGAGGAGAUCAUGAGUGAGAAGGAGAACAAGACAAUCAUCUUUGUGGAGACAAAGAGGCGGUGUGAUGACCUCACUCGUCGAAUGAGAAGAGAUGGGUGGCCAGCUAUGGGUAUCCAUGGUGACAAAAGCCAGCAGGAAAGAGACUGGGUUCUUAAUGAGUUCAAAUUUGGCAAAGCCCCCAUACUCAUCGCCACAGACGUCGCAUCCAGAGGCCUAGAUGUGGAAGACGUGAAAUUUGUCAUCAACUUUGACUACCCUAACAACUCUGAGGACUAUAUCCACCGCAUUGGCAGAACGGCUCGCAGCCAAAAGACCGGCACGGCUUAUACCUUCUUCACUCCCAACAACAUGCGGCAGGCGGCGGACCUCGUCUCCGUGCUCCGGGAGGCCAACCAGGCCAUCAACCCAAAGCUCCUCCAAAUGGCAGAAGAAAGAGGAGGUCGUUCAAGGGGCGGCAGAGGUGGUGACUAUAGAGACGACCGUCGGGAUAGGUAUUCCUCUGGAAGGCGUGAUUUUGGUGGUGGUAGAGAUAGAGGUUAUAACAAUGGACCAAACAAGAGUUACGGCACAGGUUCUCAGAAUGGAGGCUAUGGCAGCAAUAACGGCACCAGCAAUGGUUACGGUGGGGGCAACUACAAUAACAAUGGACAGUCAAACUUCAGCAACAACCAAACUCAAACAUUUGUCGCCCAAAACAACUUCCAGGCCCAACAGUGUGCCCCCAGCAACCCUGUGGCUCAGAACGGGACGAGCCAUCCUCAGUUCUCGUUCCCCCAGGCUCCCCCACAGGUUGCCCCUCCACAGCAUCCCCCUCCCCCUCUGGUGCCGUACCCCAUGCCUCCACAGUUCCCUCAGUAGAUGCCCCACGAACUUGAAAGAGGUAAUUUAUUGCAUUUUGUCUUUUAGGUUCUUUAAUUUGAAUUUUUGUAUUGACACAGAAGGGUUAAAGUAAAACUCAUGAAGUCUUUUUAAGAUCUGCAGUGCGGCAAUAGUUUCCACUUUAUAUUUUUUUUUUCCUCCUAUUUAAUUUGUUACAUUCCUCUGAAAUAUAGUUUGUUUUGUACCAGAUAAUUACAAGUGUAUUGGUUUUCAUGUGUAGCAUUCAGUGAUGUUCGGCUCCUACAUUGGAAGUGCACUGCAUGAUCUUUGAAAUAAAACCCCAGAAAAGAU